AUGAGAUGCAGGCAGCUUCCAUCAGGUGAUGCAAUUGCGGUCUUCACUAAUGAGAAGAUGAGGAAGCAGCUACUCGAGCAGGGAAGGAUAGUGAUCCAGCAAGGAAACCAAAAGGUAAAUGUGCCGGUUGGGCCAGUUGGAAGAGAAGGGGAAAUCAAUUAUGCCAGAUAUCUAAUACAGGUGACUUUACCAGCGGAAGUAGGCAUAGAAGCUGUAACAGAAGCAUUGACUAACAAAUGCAAAAUUGUGGAGAUUAUUGUCGAUAACACCAUAAGGAAUAUGAGCACUUGAUAUGCAGUUCAAUUUAGCCCAGAAUCCAAAUACAAGAUCUACGGAGGAUUCCGGAGGUUGGGAGAUGCAAUCGAUUUGCCAGAAGAGAUCAUCAUAAGAGGGAAGAGAAUCUACCUUAACCAUGCAGUAUCACUAUACUGUGAGACAUGCGGACAAAUUGGCCAAAACAGCGAAGGGCAAAUAAAGAUAGAACAAAGGAGGCAAGAAAGGAUAAAAAUUGAUUGUAUCAAGAGGAAGAAGAAGGAGGAAGAAAAGAAAAAGUGCGUGGCAACUGCUGCGGAUACUUUAGCCCUUAGAAUGAAAUUAGAAGAGGAUAAGCAUAAUAACUCUACAUAUGAUAAGCUUUGAAGAGAAGAAAAAGGAAAAUCAGGAAAUACAGGUAAAGGAGGACACUUAUGGGCCUAG